UCCCCUAUUUUUUUUUCCUUCAUUACUACGCAGUAAUACUUAUACCAAAAUACCACUAAAACCCCUCGAAAUCCCGUCCCAAGACGGCAUCAAAAACCCAACCCCCAAAAUUGAUCUUCACUCACCCCUCGCCCCUCCCGAAUUUCUCCUACCUCUUCUCUUCUCUGCUUGCUUUUUUCUCAAUAGAAUUUCCUCCCUCAUCUUCCUACUUUUAUUCUCUAUUCACUAUUCACGACUCUCUUCCUGCCAACCAGCCAGUCCCCACUCACAUCUGGGUCUUCCCCCCGUGCCUCGCCAAUUUCGCAUGCUCCCGCGGUCCCGUCGUUCUUUUCCCCGCCUCUGCUCCCGACAUCGCCCACAUUACCCCCUGAUCAAAGUGUGAAUGCGGUUGGAGAUCCUGCAAUCCAUGCGGUGACGACGGAAAACCAGGGUGGACAAAAGUUGACCAACACAGACUGUGAAUUGGUUCUAUGCGACGGUCGAUACACAAAGUACAAUGCCUUCAACCAGCUCCGUGGAGAGCGCUCCUCUGGCCGAUUACUUUUGGAUUGCGGGUGUGGAUGGCACGGAGAUUCUGGAUACCUUUAAGCGACUCGGGGAAGACUAUCGCAUCAAUGGCGCUGCCUCACCGGGCCCGGCGCUCUCCGAUGCUAUUCAGGAGGACGCGGACGCCGAGGAUGAACACCUGCCGGAUGCUAUCUCCCGCCCCAACUCGACUCUCUACGCGGGGAAUAGUACCCGCCGGAGCUCCAACCAGCGCCUGUCGACCCUUUCGCGCACCGAUUCCGACCAGCCCAAUGGUGCCGGUAGCAACCGUAGCAGUGUCACGGUCAAGGGCGCCUCUUCCCCGCUACGGGCUUCGGCCAUGUUCUCCGAGGACUUUGAUUUUGACCAGGCUUUGUUGAAGUUUACAUCGGAGAGGGAUACCUUCUUGACGGAUCUGAGCUUGAGUGCGGGUGCAAUCACCCCGAACACGCGUCCGCGAUCUCGCGUUCGGACGCAAAAGAUCGUCGCGGAGGAUUCUCCCUCUCAGGGUGGUAAUCUACUACGGUCGAGCAUCGGAAGUGUGCGCCGGCAUAUGUCGUUUCGAGAUAUGAAUAGUAUGAAGAGGCAGCCGUCGACAAUUGCGCGACAAGCUUCCGUACGUACGUCUCGACGACUGAGCAACUACAAUUCGGUGAUCCCCGUGCCGCAGCCCCUCGAAAUCUCCCCGACGAUGCACCCAUUGAAGCGCCGCUUCGAGCCCGUCUUGCUCGAUCGAUACCCCACGCGAGGCAUGGCCGACGAGUUGAAGCUGCGAGGUAACUUUCCGGACUACGUACCGAUGUUCGCCUUUCCCAAUGAUGUCAACAUCGUUGCCUCGGAUCAACGGCCGCGGUCGACGUGGCACGGGUUCGCCAUGACAACCGACAAUGGCUCGAAAUUGCAUGCAAUCUGCGUGAUCAUCUGGAUUCCGUUGAAUGCCAAGGCCGCGGACGAGCUGGAGAAGCGCUGUGAGGAAUGGCGAAAGGAUAACAUGACGGACGAGGAGCGUGAGCUGGCGGCGAGUCUGGGCGAGCGGCUUGCAUCGGAGCGGGCCAAGCUAUCCAGGCUGCUGGCACAGCUGCCGAAUGUGCCAUCCGGAUCGGACUCCCGUGAACAGCUAGAGGAUGAGAUCAGUGCGGUCGAGGAGAAGAUUGGGCUCAUGACGGAUUUGCUGCGCCCGGUGCGACAUGCUGCGUCUUCCAAGAUUGAGGGUUUGACCGAUGGUGAUACGGGCUUUUGGAUCCCCCGCGCAUACGGUAUCCUCGGUCGUGAGGCGAAUAUGACCACCUUCUGGAAGGAGUGGCUGAAAGCGAUCGUUGUACCGAUGACGGAGGGUAGUGUGCAGCGUGUGCCAUCCAGUUCGCAAAGAAUGGGGGUAUGGCAGCCGCUGGAGCGAUAUGUCAUGAAUCUCUGUACGGAAGCAUUCUGUCCAGUCUCGUCUAAGACGCAAGUCGAGCUUGCAAUCCGUGAACUGCGGCUAUUUGCUCGCCAGGAAGCUUCCAACGAGCUUCCGGGUUCUCGGAAUACCGACCUCUAUGCCUUGUUCCGAACAUUGUCCGUCCCGAACAUUAUUAUUCUCUUCGAGUACGCUUUGACAGAGUCUCGAAUCAUCUUCUUGUCCUCCCACACCUCUAUGCUCUAUCUUGCCACCAGGGCCCUGGUUGACCUACUCUUCCCGAUCCAGUGGACUGGUGUUUUGAUCCCCGUUCUCCCCGCUCGCUUGGUCCAGGCGAUCGAAGCUCCUUGCCCGUACAUCGUGGGUAUCGAACGCCGAUAUGAAAAGGUGGAAUUGCCCACCGAUGACUUCGUUUUGGUCGAUCUGGAUAACGACAUGAUCGAGAGUACCCUGCCCCCAACUGCUCUCCCUCGUCAUCAACGUAGGAAGCUCCUUUCGCUCUUGCAGAUGGCUGCGCCUCACCAUAGCCGGUGCGGGGUGCCCACCGGUCCUCCAGCAUAUGCGGUCGAGACCUACCCAUGGGACACAUUCUUGUCAGAAAGCGCAGCCACGUACAUGGCGAAGGCUCCACCAACCAACCUUGCCAAGUACGUGGGCCUGAAUUCCAGCGCCUUCGGUUCGACUGCCGUGGCUCCUGGGACGUACCAGCCCCCGAUCUUCAAUGCAUUCCUCCAUGCCCGUAACGAGCAGGCCUCCUCACGCGGGUAUUCCUCCAAGAGCUACGACCGGCCAGGAACUAGCUCCACGGCCAGGGCCAGUGCGUCUCCCCCAUCACCGAGAGAAAGCUCCCCAACCUCGGGUCAUUUCCCUCCACCUCCACCGACUCCCUCCUCUCGGAACGAUUCUGGAAUGGCGUUGCAAGCGUCGCUGCGUGAAAAACGAUCUGGCCAUUUCGACGCAGCGUCUCGGAGGAGCUCGUCCUUUGGAAUGGCGCGACGUCCGAGUGCGCCUUUCCUCGGGCAUACCUCCAAUCUGUCCGUCACCACGCUCAACACGGAAUACGGGCCAGGCUCGACCUAUGCUCCGUCGGUGUACGCUCAAUCCACGAUUGCCGCAUCGACGAUUGUCCCACACGCUGCUGUGCAGCCCAUUGACAAUGCCGCGGGAACUGCCUGGGUCGAGGGCCACUUUUUCCAGACCCAACCGUGGGACGAGAAACUAGUCUGUGCCAUCUGUGAUGACCGCGCCGAAGAAGGCAUGUACAAGUGCUCGCAGUGCAAGUUGACUGUCCACAACCGCUGUGCUUCCCAGGUCUGCCUGGUCUGUGAGGCUGCCUUUCACCCCGAUCAAGUCCGCGCGGCCUUUGUCAGGUGCUUCGCCAGCUUAUUCUAUACGUAUAAGAAGUUCCUUGUACCGGCUAGCGGGGAAAAAAAGAAAUCUGGCAUGUACUACACGUUCAAUAUGGAUGCCUUUAUGAAGAGCCUUCCACAUGAGCAUGCCGAGUACAUAGCUGUCCUGCAGCAAACGCAAGGAUUCAACGAGUUCAUCAGUGAACGCGAAAGAACCAGCCCCAAGUCCAAGGACUCCAAGAUGGCCCUCUUCGAUGAGAUUGUUCUCUCAAAACGCAACCGAGGCCGCAGCUCCAUCUUCUCCGGUCGAUCCACUACCGACUUCCUCUCUGACACCUCCAACCACUUGUGGCGGACAGCCAGUGCCACUUUCUUCGCGCCAAGCAGCCGCAGCCAACCAAAUCUCUCCGGUGAUUACAGCAGAGUUGUCCAAAAAGCCCCGGCCAAGCUUGACACGAGUCUCAUGAAAGAACCCCGCAUGAUCCAUGGAGCUCCACGGGUCUCCAAGACGGCAAAUACUGCCCGUCGAAAGCCUUUGCCUAAACUGAUGAAUGGUUUGGCCAUAUCUCCUCCGAGUUGAUUGGUGUGAUUUCUUUUGAGAAGCGUCCGAUUAUCAUUUCCGUCUGUAUUUGGUGCGUCGAGGUGGGCCUUUGCUUGCCCGUGUGUGCGUCUGCAGCUGCAUCCUUGUCCAACUUUUGACAUGACCCGAGCCCGCUUUUGAAACAUUGGGUCUAGAUUCAAGCUAGAUUCUGCCUGUGAUCAUUCUGGGCUGGUGGUCCUCGUCCGUGUCUGUCGUGAUCGAUUGGCAACACAUGAUGCAUGCUGGUUGUCAUCACUUUGAAACGGACGGUUGUGGGCCACCACACAGCUAGAUCGCCGGCCAGGUUAGACGGUGUUCUGUCUCUACGCGUCUCAUUGUCCUAGACUAACUGCCUCUUAUCCGCCUCCUAUCUCCUUCUUUUCCUCGCUGCCGCCUCAUGGCUCGCCUCUCGCCUGUCGAUCUGCAGGAAGCGGGUCUACUGCAAGGAUGUCAUCUCCGGCGGCGUGCCAUGACUUUGUCCAAUGGCGAGCAUACUCGCUAUGAUACCUAGUGUCACAAAUCUCCACCAUUGACUGAGGAGCCGAUUCCUUCCUCCAAGCGUCUCCAGUCUCGUGUCUCGUCUCUCUCCCUCUCCGCUAACCAAGCUUCUGCUGCGGCGCGGGAAACUCGCAAGAUCAAGCUGGCGAUCCUUGGGAUGGACUCCCUCGUGACGAUACGUGGACCUACCGACGAAGGCCCCUCUUUCUUCCCUAUCUUUUUUCGCGUACAUAGUAAUUCCUCCGGCUUGAUGUCGGGCGGAGUGAACAAAGUAAUCUAAAAGCGCAAAAGCGCACAGACUAGCCCGAUCUGUCGAACAUCUACUUCUGAUACACCGUUUGAUUUAUUUUGAAAGACAUCAGCUGUUUGUUGGCGGUUCGUUCCAGUUAUUCCCCUUUCACCUUGUGCCUGCCUUGUCGUUUCUUGUUUUCCUAUCAAUACCCCCUUGACUUGGUUGGUAUGUUUCUCUCGUUUUUGUGGGCCUCUUGAUGGGCAUUGGAGGGAUAUCUCCCCUCCUCGAUGAUUUGAUCACUCUUCUGACCAUGCUUUUAUGGCUGCCAUGUAAAACCCAUCUUCAGAUAUAAUAUCAUGUCAAUCUGCCAACGUGGGUUGGAGAUAAGAAUCAUUAUUUUUUUUUUCUAUUUAUUUUGUGAUCGGUGAUUGUAUGAAAGAACGAACAGAAAUGGUGGGUGGAAUAUCCCAGUUUGAUGUACGACUUGGGAUCUUGUAACCCUUUUACGUUUACCUAGUUUUCAAAAUCAAGGACCAGG